AUGCUGUUCAACUGUAUAAAUAAGAGAAGGAGCUGCAGGGCAGUCCUGGUGAAGACAGCAGGAGCCUUGGAAGCUGCUUGAUGCUUCAUCCCUGAGUGUGUGCAGUAACUCAAGUUCAACAGCAAAUACUCAUGGUGGCCUGUUAGAGGAGUGAGAGCUCAUGUUCACCUAUUUCCAGGUAAAAGGAGGCUUUGAGGAUUUUAAAACGAGAACAUGAAGGCCACGUUCUACCUAAGUUUGUUACUGGCUGGGUUUCACACUGCUGCCCACAGUCAGCUCCCACCCAGCGACCACAACGAUCCAGACGACCCUAAACACCACAUACAUCACGGAGGUGAAGCGAUCGCUUGCCUCAAACUUGUGCCAAACAAUGCUGACUUUGCAUUCCAGUUUUUUAGGGAGGUUACACAGGAGGCACCUAGUAAGAACAUUUUCUUCUCUCCUGUGAGCAUCUCCGCUGCCUUUGCAAUGCUGGCCCUUGGGGCUAGAUCAUCCACACGGUCUCAGAUCCUGGAAGGACUCGCCUUCAACCUCACAGAGAUUCAGGAGAAAGAGAUACACGACGGCUUCCACAACCUAAUCCACAUGCUGAACCAUCCUGAGGGUGGAGUCCAGCUCAACAUGGGGAAUGCCAUCUUUAUAACAGAGAAGCUGAAACUCCUAAAAAAGUUCUUAGAUGAUGCCAAAGCUCUGUAUCAGCUGGAGGCUUUUACAACUGACUUUAACAAACCCACAGAAGCUGAAAAGCAGAUCAAUGAUUAUAUAGAGAGGAAAACACAGGGGAAAAUUACUAAUUUAGUCAAGGACAUGGACCCACAAACUGUAAUGCUUCUGGCUAGUUUUGUUUUCUUUAAAGGCAGCUGGGAAAAGCCUUUUAAACCAGAGCAUACUGAAGAAAGGGAGUUCUUUGUGGAUGCUGAAAUGACUGUGAAAGUCCCUAUGAUGCACCAGAUGGGCAGCUUUGACUUCUAUUUUGAUGAGGAGCUGUCAUGCACUGUGGUACGGCUGCACUAUAAUGGGAGUGCUACUGCAUUUCUGGUUCUGCCAGCAAAAGGGAAAAUGAAGCAGUUAGAGCAAACUCUGGACAAGGAAACCAUCCAGAAAUGGUCAGACCAUCUCUUCCAGAGGUUUAUGAACCUCUACUUUCCCAGAUUUUCUAUUUCUGGGAGCUAUGAAAUAAGUAACACCCUUAGCAAGAUGGGAAUUGUGGAUGUGUUCACCAAUGAGGCAGAUCUCUCUGGCAUCACUGGCACUCCAGAGCUGAAGGUUUCCAAAGUUGUCCACAAGGCUUCUCUGGAUGUUGAUGAGAAAGGUACUGAGGCAGCAGCAGCAACUGCUGUUGAAAUAAUGCCAAUGUCUCUUCCUCCAACCAUUGAAUUCAGCCAUCCCUUCCUCAUGCUGAUUUUUGAUAGAGAUACAAACAGUACACUCUUCAUAGGAAAAAUAGUUAACCCGACUAUAACUAGCUGAAGUGACAUAUGAAUUUUGUUUGCUACUUCUAAUUAAAGAUGUGAAAAUUCUUGA